AUGCAGGCUUUGAAGCAGGCGCUGCCGUCACAGGAUGGCCGUGUCAACAUCAACAUCAAUGAGAGGGGUCGCAAGUUCUCUGAUAUGCUUGCGCCGACUCUGAGGAGCCAGAUUUUUCGAUCAAAAGAGUCUACUGCCCCUGAUCCCUUACCCCCAGCAUAUAUCCCGCCUAGUCUUGGUGGCCAGCCCGGACAGACGCCUCCUCCCAGGCUCAAUGUCGUCAUCCAGAUUGUCGGCUCACGAGGCGAUGUUCAGCCGUUUGUAGCGCUCGGCAAGGUGCUGAGGGACACCUACGGUCACCGAGUCCGAGUUGCCACGCACGCUGUGUUCCAGAAGUUUGUCGAAGAGAAUGGUCUAGAGUUCUUCUGCAUCGGUGGAGAUCCCGCUGAACUGAUGGCCUUCAUGGUGAAGAAUCCUGGACUGAUGCCAGGUAUCGAUGCUCUAAAGAGCGGCGAGAUCAAGAAGCGCAGACAAGGCAUCGAAGAGAUUGUGCUAGGCUGCUGGAGAUCUUGCAUCGAAGCUGGCAAUGGCCUCGGACCGGCUCCGCAACCGCAUGCACCCAGCGAACCUGUCGACGAGCGCUUCCAGCUACCAGGUAACCCGAACGACAAACCAUUUGUGGCAGACGCCAUCAUCGCCAACCCACCGAGCUUUGCGCACAUUCACAUUGCAGAGAAACUAGCGAUUCCGUUGCACAUGAUGUUUACGAUGCCUUGGUCUCCGACAAGAGCAUUUCCACAUCCUCUAGCCAACAUUCAGUCCUCUAACACGGAUGUCGUCAUGACCAACUACGUCUCAUACACACUGGUUGAGAUGAUGACUUGGCAAGGACUUGGAGACGUAAUCAACCGCUUCAGGACCGGUGUUCUCGAUCUGGAGCCGCUGUCUCUGAUAUGGGCUCCUGGAUUGCUCACACGUCUCCAUAUUCCAACAACAUACUGUUGGUCACCGGCUCUGAUACCGAAACCAAACGAUUGGGGGAAUGAGAUUGACAUUGCUGGAUUCUAUUUCCUCGACUUGGCUACAUCAUAUACCCCUGAACCCGAUCUGGCCGCGUUCCUUGAAGCUGGACCGCCUCCCGUCUACAUAGGCUUUGGCUCAAUUGUCGUCGAUGACCCUAAUAAGUUAACAAGGAUGAUUUUUGACGCAGUUACUAUGACAGGUGUUCGCGCUCUAGUGUCAAAGGGCUGGGGCGGAAUAGGUGCAGAUUCUGUCGGUAUCCCUGAUGGCGUCUUCAUGCUGGGAAAUUGCCCUCAUGACUGGCUCUUCCAACGGGUUUCUUGUGUCGUCCACCAUGGCGGUGCUGGAACGACCGCAGCUGGUAUCCAGACCGGAAAACCCACCGUUGUAGUGCCGUUCUUCGGUGAUCAACCGUUUUGGGGCGCCAUGAUAGCCAAAGCCGGUGCUGGACCCAAGCCGAUUCCAUACAAGAACCUCACAGCUGAGACUUUAGCUGAGGCAAUUCAGGAAGCUCUGAAGCCCGAGACACAAGCAAGGGCAAAGGAGCUUGGGCAGAAGAUUCGAGAGGAGAAGGGUGCUGAUUUUGGUGCCAAGAGCUUCCACGAUCACCUGGCCACUGACAACAUCAGAUGUUCCCUCGCCCCUAGCCGUGUUGCGGUCUGGAGAGUAAGGCGUACCCAACUGAGGCUCAGCUCCUUGGCUGCUACGGUCCUGGCCAAAGAAGGAAUUCUCAAGUACACGGAUCUGAAACUGUAUGUAUACAAAUUGUCCGAUCUCAUCUAA